AUGGCCCCCAGUCUGCGCGUAGCCGCUCUUGCGGCCGCCGCCCUCUUCGCGCCCUUUGCCAGCGCACAGUCCCUUACUGUGGACAACACGACCAUCCCCGCCAACGAGGACACCGUCGCGCCUGCCGCGGCCGACGUCCCCCCCACCAGCUCCAACUCCACGGUCAACCUCUUCACGUCCGAGACCGCGCAGCUGACCGACAGCAUCAUCGCCAACCUGACGUCCCUCAACCUGACCGGCAUCGACCUGUUCGACUUUGACGAUGCCUCCACCGUCGACAAGCGCAGCAGCAACUGCCGCCGGAGCAGCCAGUGCAAGGUCAUACCCGGCAACCGUCUCUACCCCAUCAGUAUCGUCUGGGACGUCUUCGGCCUCCUCCUCGGCCCCGGCGCCCUCAUCAAGACCGUGCCCCUGGCCUCGCCCUGCUACACCAACUGGAACGACCAGAGCGCCUCCCGGUGCGCCUUCGUGACCAACAACUGGUCCAACGACUCCUACAUGCACGCCGACGACCCCACCUCCGUCAUGUGGCCGCUCUACCAGGGCCUCACCUGCGUGCCCACCGACACCCCCUCCGACCAGUGCACCCUCGGCGGCUACCCCUCGUACGCCGUCUCCGCCUCCAAUGUCGCCCAGAUCCAGCUCGCCGUCAACUUCGCCCGCAAUGCCAACUUGCGCCUCGUCGUCAAGAACACCGGCCACGACUUCAUUGGCAAGUCCGCCGGUGCCGGCGCCCUCUCCAUCUGGACCCACAACCUGAAGCAGAUCCAGUUCUUCUCCAAGCUCAAACUCAACGGCUACUCCGGCCCGGCCUUCAAGCUCGGCGCCGGUGUCCAGGCCUUUGAGAUGUACCAGGCCGCCGACAAGUACGGCGUCAGCGUCGUCGGCGGCGAGGGCAAGACCGUCGGCGUCAUGGGCGGCUACAUCCUCGGCGGCGGCCACUCGCCCCUGUCCUCCAUCUACGGCAUGGCGGCGGACCAGGUCCUCGCUAUGGAGAUCGUCCUGCCCAACGGCCAGUUCGUGACGGCCAGCGCCACCUCCAACCCCGACCUGUUCUGGGCCCUGCGGGGUGGCGGCGGCGGCACCUUUGGUGUCGUCACCUCCGUCACCGUCAAGGCCUACCCCAAGCUGCAGGUCUCCGUCGCCACCUUCACCAUUGUCAGCGGCGGCAGCAUCACGGCGGACGUCUUCUGGGACGCCAUGACUGUCUACUUCAAGUACCUGCCCGUCUUCACCGAUGCCGGCACCUACUCGUACUUUGACAUCAUCCAAAUCGCCCCCGGCACCUACCUCUUCGCCAUGGCGCCUUUCUUCGCCCCCAAGCUGAGCCAGGCCCAGCUCCAGGCGCUGCUGGCCCCUCUCUUCGCCGACUGGGCUGCCUUGGGCGUGUCCGUCAACGCCCUCGAGUACUUCAACUACGACAACUUCUACGACGGCUGGAACCUGCACUUCCCGCUCGAGACGGUCGGCGCCUCCACGCUCAAGACCGCCUCGCGUCUGUUCCCCCGCGAGAACUUUGAGCCGGCCACGGGCAACGCCACGCUGUUCAACGAGACCGUCGCCGCCAUCCGCUACGUCGUCGAGCAGGGCUCCACCAUCCUGGCCUUCAACAUUGCCGCCAACCCGGCCGGCGGCUACCCCGACAACGCCGUCAACCCCGCCUGGCGCAAGACCGUCCUGCACGCCAUCCAGGCCAUAUCCUGGGCCGCCGACGCCGACACCGCCACCAUUGCUGCCGCCUGCCUGAAGCUGACCAACGACUGGCAGGCCCGUUGGCGCGCGACCUGUCCCGGGGCGGGUGCCUACAUGAGCGAGGCCGACAUUCUCGAGCCCAACUUCCAGCAGUCCUUCUACGGCGCCGACAACUACGCCCGCCUCUACGCCUACAAGCAGAAGAUCGACCCCUGGGGCCUCUUCUACGGCCCCACCGCCGUCGGCAGCGAGGACUGGUACAUCACCGGCCAGGUCGAGGGCAUCCCCACCCAGAACGGCCAGCUGUGCCACGUUUAG